AUGCUAAACCUAAGGGCCCGUUGGCCCGACCCGAACCCUGACAGAUUGCCGCGUCUCUUGACAGGGAAAGUUUUUGUGCGACGAGUAACCGCCCAACACAAGGCUGCAAAGGCAAAGGAGGCCGACACAGCAGCACGGAGAGAGGUGAUGGCUACGCGGAAGCGUUUAAUGGACGAGUGGGCCGAGGUCAACGCAGUUCAGACAGUGUGGAACGAGCAAUUGAAAGCUGAUGUCGCAGAGGCAGUGGCGAAAUGGACAGCGGAGAAAGUGAGGUUGGGAGGGAAGAAUCCACCGUGGAAGAAGCCCUUGACGAAGGGCAAGCUCAUGCCCGCCAUUCCCAAGCCAAAAGUCGUGGCCCAGGUUGCAGCACGCCAAGGCCCAUCAGAUCAGUCGGAGCCUGUGAUUGUUGACUCGAGUUCAGACUCGGAAGAGUCUGAAUCUGACUCGGGAGACUGCAUCUGA